AUGGCGACAGAUGGCAAGCAGAGCACUGCCAGGAGAGAUUUGCUGCAGCAAAUUGAAGUGGACGUGCAGAAGAAAUGGGAGAAAGAGAAGAUCUUCGAAUGUGAUGCUCCGGAGAAGAGCAGCGAGAAGUUCAUGUGCACCUUUCCAUAUCCGUACAUGAAUGGCCUGCUGCACAUCGGGCAUGCCUUUUCCCUGACGAAAGCCAUUUUUGCCGCGCAUUUCAACCGUUUGCUGGGCAAGAAGGUCCUGUUCCCUUUCGGCUUCCACUGUACAGGCAUGCCAAUACAGGCUGCAGCCAACAAGCUGGCAAGGGAGUUCGACGUGUUCGGCAAGCCAUACCCAGUCUUUCCACCGGGCCGUCCGCAGCCCAAGGAGUCUUCGCCAGAUGUUAUUGAGAUCGAUGAUGAGGGAGUCACCAUGCAGUGGAAGCCCCCUGCAUCGACUGGCAAGAAGGCAAUCAAGGAGUACGUCGUGCAUAUGAAGGUGCAGGACCAGGACUUCAAGGAGAUAAAGAAGGUAGUGCCCCCGAGCCCCGAGGAGUUGAAAGCCGCUGGCAACAAAGUCCGGGCAGUCCUACCUAUUGAAAGCGGGGGCUGUGUCUACAAGGUCAUCGCCGUUUUAGAGGAUGGCUCCUCGUGCCCUCCAAGCCCUGAAUCAGAUCAAGUUUCUGUGGAUGCAGCACCCAAAGACAAGAAGAGCGGUGCCGCAGGUGGCAAGCGCGUGGCAAAGAAGAUCCUGGCAAAGAGCGGAGAUGCUGCGUUUCAGUAUGAAAUCAUGAAGGCAAUGGGGCUGUCUCCUGAAGAGAUUCCCAAGUUCGUCGAUCCGUCAUACUGGCUGCAGUAUUUCCCGCCUUUGGGGGUUCGUGACCUGAAGCGCUUGGGCACACCUGUUGACUUCCGGCGAUCGUUUAUCACAACAUCUGUAAACAGCUUCUAUGAUAGCUUCAUCCGGUGGCAGUUCAGGAAACUGAAGCAAUCCGACAAGAUCGGAUUUGGAAAAAGGCCCACCAUUUACAGCGAAAUGGAUGGACAGGCAUGCAUGGAUCACGAUAGAGCGGAGGGCGAGGGCGUCGGACCGCAGGAGUACACUGCCAUUAAGAUUGAACUGCUGGAAUGGACAGACAUGAUGAAGAAGUUCUUCGCGGAGGGGAGCAAGGUGUUCCUGUUAGCUGCUACCCUGCGAGCAGAAACCAUGCCUGGACAGACAAACUGCUGGAUCCUGCCAUCAGGACAGUACGGGUGCUACAAGGGCCCUGACCUGGAAGUGUAUGUGUGCUCGCAUCGAGCCGCAAGGAACAUGAGCUUCCAGGACAUCUUGCAACCCUGGGGCAAGCCGUACUGUUACAUGGAAGUUUCAGGUCAGGAGCUCUUGGGCAAGAAGGUCAAAGCGCCGACGACCAAGUACGAUCACGUUUUUGUGUUGCCUCUGCCCACGAUUAAAAUGGACAAGGGCACUGGCGUUGUCACCAGCGUCCCAAGCGACUCACCUGAUGACUUUGCGGCCUACAUCGACCUGAUGAAAUCAGACAAGAAGCGUGAGUUCUACGGCGUCAAGAAGGAGUGGGUAGUACCAUUCGAUUUGAUCCCAAUCAUUGACGUCGAGAUCGAUGGCGAAGUCCGAACUAUGGCAGCACAGUACAUGUGUGAGAAGCUCGGAGUGCAGUCCAUCAAUGAUCGCGUCAAGCUGGCAGAGGCUCACGACACGUGCUACAAGCUGGGCUUUGACAAAGGUGUGAUGUCCACCGGUCCAUUCAAGGGCCAGCCUGUCAAGAAAGCAAAGAUCGAGUUCAGAAACGUAAUGAUCCAGGCAAAGCAAGCUUUUACAUACUCGGAGCCUGAGAAGAAGGUGGUGUCAAGAUCAGGCGAUGAGUGCGUGGUGGCUGCAAUCGAUCAGUGGUAUCUGAAGUACGGUGAAGCGUCCUGGAGGGGACAGAUCGAGGGACACCUGCAGGGUUCGAACUUCGUCAGCUACAACGACCGCAUCAAGGAAUCAUUCGAGGAUGCCAUUGGUUGGCUGAAAGAGUGGGCGUGCAGUCGUUCCUUUGGUCUGGGCACGCAGGUGCCGUGGGAUGAAAAAUUUGUGAUCGAGUCACUGUCGGACAGCACCAUCUACAUGGCAUACUACACGGUGGCACAUUUGCUCCACGGGGAGGGCAAUCUGGAUGGUGGACAAGGAAGUCCAGCCAAGAUCCAGGCCUCAGACCUCACUGACGAUGUUUGGGACUACGUGUUCCUAAAUGCGCCUUUGCCAAAGAAGUCCAAGAUUCCACAAAAGACUCUGGAGAAGAUGCGGAAAGAGUUCCGGUUCUGGUACCCGAUGGACUUGCGAGUAUCCGGUAAAGAUCUGAUUCAAAACCACUUGACCAUGGCCCUGUACAACCAUGCCUGUGUUUGGGAGAAGGAGCCAGAGAUGUGGCCAAAGAGCUUCUUUUGCAAUGGGUGGUUGUUGGUCAACAACGAGAAGAUGUCCAAGUCAAAGGGCAACUUUUUCACAGUGGAGGAGAUCAUCAACAAUUACUCAGCAGACACCGUCCGCCUGGCCAUGGCAAACUCUGGCGACACGCUAGAGCCAGCAAAUUUCGACCAGACUGUGUGUAACAAAGCUGUACUCACUCUGGCGGUUUUUCUGGAGACCAUGAAAGCAUUGGUCGGCGGCAGCGAGCCGCUGGAUGGAGGUGACGGGAUGGCUCGCUUUGUGGACAAGUGGUUUGCCAACGAGAUGAAUCGCUUGGUGUUGGAAAGCAAGAAAUUCUAUGAGACCAUGUACUACCGGGAAGCAUUGCGCACAUGCUACUUUGAAUUCACGUCGGUGUUUGACCAGUACCGUGACAUCUGCAAAGCUGCCAACUGCCAGCCGAACAAGGUUCUGACCAUGAGGUACUUGGAGUGGCAGAUGAUCACAUUGUCGCCAAUUUGUCCGCAUUUUUGCGAGCAUGGUUGGUCAGUCGUACUGGGCAAGUCGGGCUCGGUCCUGGAUGCAAGGUAUCCAGCUCCGACAGCAGCAGUAGACACCUCGCUCUCCAAGCAGGGUGAUUACAUGUUCAACAAGGUGCCCCAUGAUUUCAUCAAGCUGCUAGAGAAAGCAACAAAAUCCGGAACAGCAAAGUCAGCCGUGGUUUAUGUGGCAAAGGAAUUCCCCGAUUGGAAGAAGACAGUCUUGGCCAAGCUGAGGGCCAGACACGAUGCCGGCAAGCUGCCGUUGGUGUCUCAGGAAGACAUGAAGGCAAACCCGGAAGCCUCGGCGCAGUGGAAGGAGAUCAUGACAGAGCUCAUGCAGGAUGCUUCACUCAAGCCGUUCGGCAAACACCUGGGACCGUUUGCAGCAUUCAAGCGUGAUGAGGCGGCGGCAUUUGGCACCAGUGCCCUGGAUGCGUCCUUGCCGUUCGAUGAGCUAGCUUUGAUUGCAGAGAACGUGCCAUAUCUGCAGCAGAAGUUGCAGGUGCAGGUGGAGGUGCGCUCCGCCGACUCGGCUGACCCCAACCACAAGGAAGCAGCCGGCAAUUCACAGCCAGGCAAGCCUGGUAUCCAUUUCGAAGUCGAAAAAGUUGAAGGUGGCAAGGCAGGUGGCGAUGGAGGUAAGGCCAAGGCCGCAGCAAAAGCUGGAACAAAUGGCAAGGCUGCACCGAAGGCUGCGCCGAAGGCAGAGACCAUCGCUGACCUGAAGAAGCUCAACGAACACCUCAGCACUAGGAGCUACUUCGACGGAGGCUACAAGCCCUCUCAGGCGGAUGUGGCGCAGCUGGCUGCAACACCUGGCAACGUCUCCUCUGACCAGUAUCCACACGUGGCGCGCUGGUACCGGCAUAUCAGCUCCUUCACACCCACGCAGAAAUCGGCUUGGUAG